GGCAUUACGCUAGAAGAGUUUGACAAAUUGUCUUUCAAUAUGAUUUUAAUGAGCCCUCCCUGUCAACCAUUCACCAGGAAAGGGACACAGUGAGAAGAACCCAAGAUUUCUGAGGUAUCUCUUCAAGUCCACUCUAAGUGUCUAUCUGAGCCUCAGAUCCACAGAUGGUUCUGGCCCUGCUGGAAGGUAUGAGGGAACUGACAAGUGAUGUCAAGUAACUCAUCUGAGGCAAUGAAGCUAGUAAGUACCCAAGUCUUAAACCCUGGUCCUCUGUUCCUGCUACCCAGACCCAAUCCAAGUCUUCAUUUCUGCUUGAUUCUUGAUCACAUUGAAUCUUACUUGUAAGAUCUAAUUGCUAGUCCAAAUACUGAAAUACUGCCUGUUUACAUGUCCUGUUCUGACCUAGUUAGUCUAACCAAGUUGUAACUCCUGCUUGUAGAAUCAAGCAUUCAGGUUAAGUCUCUACUAUUUACAUUGGACAAAAUUGUCUUAGUCUUACCUACUAUGGUCUGCUUAGAUGGUGAUUAGUUAUCAGUGCAUUACUCUGUGUUGCCACCCUACCCAACCAGCUCAUUCAUCUGAACUUUUGUUGUCUCAUCUGGGACAGAGCAAAAGAAUUGGCCUGCAAGGUGAUGUGACUGAUCCAAGGACGAAUAGCCUCUUAUAUGUUCUAGAUAUUCUCCCAAGAUUACAAAGAUUACCGAAAUAUAUUCUUUUAGAAAAUGUUAAAGGCUUUGAAGUAUCUUCUACAAGAGACCUGUUAAUACAAACAUUAGAAAAUUGCGGUUUUCAGUACCAAGAAUUUCUAUUAUCUCCAACCUCUCUUGGCAUUCCAAAUUCAAGGCUCCGGUAUUUCCUUAUUGCAAAGCUUCAGUCAGAACCAUUACCUUUUCAAGUCCCUGGUCAGGUACUGAUGGAGUUUCCCAAAAUUGAAUCUGAAUAUCCAGGAAGAAAUACAGUAGAUACAGAAAAUAAAAUUGAAAGAAAGAAAAUUGAACCUAGUAUUUGCUUUGAUAAGAGCAGACAACGUUCUGGAAAAGAGGCCAUUCUUUUUAAGCUUGAAACUGUAGAAGAAAUUGACCGGAAACAUCACCAGGACAGUGAUCUCUCUGUGCAGAUGCUAAAAGAUUUUCUUGAAGAUGAUGUUGACGUGAAUCAGUAUUUUUUACCGCCAAAGUCAUUGCUGCGAUACGCUCUUUUGUUAGACAUUGUUAAGCCCACUUGCAGAAGGUCCACAUGCUUUACCAAAGGUUAUGGAAGCUACAUAGAAGGGACAGGAUCUGUGUUACAGACGACAGAGGAUGUGCAGAUUGAGGAUAUCUACAAAUCCCUUACCAAUUUGUCACGAGAAGAAAAGAUAACAAAAUUGUUAAUGCUUAAACUUCGAUAUUUCACUCCUAAAGAAAUAGCAAGUCUCCUUGGAUUUCCUUCAGAUUUCGGAUUUCCUGAGAAGAUAACUGUGAAACAGCGUUAUCGUCUACUUGGAAAUAGUCUCAAUGUGCAUAUAGUAGCUAAACUAAUCAAAAUCCUAUAUGAAUAAUUUAAAAAUGACUCUGAAAGAUGGUCACAUUAUUUCUUCAUAUCCAGAUGGUAAUUCUGAAAUUCUAUUUUGAAUUGAUUUUGAUGAAAUUCAACUCAACUACCUUUAUCUCUUUAAAAAGAAAUUUGGAUUUAUCAUAAAAAUGCCAGUUUUUUUCCUAAAUUUGUAUUACUGUAUUUUAUAAAGCAGAAAUUAUUAUUAUGUUUUAGGAGAAUAUAUUUUCAUAUGAAAUUGCUAAAUAUACAUGUAAAAUAUUCUCUUUUUAAUAUUAUGGUAUUGACAAAUUUAGGAACAUUGGAGUUUGUCUACAUGAGUAUCUUGUGAAGUGUCAUGACAGGCAUAGUAUAGUGAACCUGAGAUAUUAUGUUUUUGUAUGUUAAUUAAACAAAUUCCUUUAUGAAUCCUA